CCAGUAGCUGCAAGCAGACACUGCAGAACACAGAAGAAAGAAAAUGGCGUCACCUGGUUGUUGUUGGAUGCAGGAGCGUCUCUUAAGUGGUGUAUUCCCCAUCCCCAGGGCCAGGGGUCUGCCCACUCCAAAGUCAACAGCCCUCUCCUUCUCCUCCUCCCUCCUCCAACUGCAACCGCAAGGAUUUGCGCCGGAUAGGAAGCAGCGCUCCUCCUUUGUCCAAGCGCCGGCCGUCCGCCGUUUGGUGGGAUCUCUUACCAAAACCCAAGGCCUUCGAUUUGCCGUGGUCAUCGCCCGUUUCAAUGAAAUUGUGACCAAGCAGCUCUUGGAGGGAGCCCUGGACACUUUCAGCAAGUAUUCAGUUAAUGAAGAAGACAUCGAUGUUGUCUGGGUUCCCGGCUGUUUUGAAAUUGGUAUUGUUGCGGAAAUGUUGGGGAAGUCUCGAAAGUAUCAUGCAAUUUUAUGCAUUGGUGCUGUGAUAAGAGGUGAUACAUCGCACUAUGAUGCUGUGGCUAAUUCUGUAGCAUCUGGGGUGCUUUCAGCUGGCUUAAACUCAGGUGUUCCUUGCAUAUUUGGUGUUUUGACAUGUGACGACAUGGAGCAGGCGUUGAAUCGAGCUGGUGGUAAAGCUGGGAACAAAGGUGCUGAGUGUGCUUUGACAGCGAUUGAGAUGGCGUCCUUGUUUGAGCACCAGCUUAAGUAGUGGCACUGUCAUGCUAUACAUGAUCGGGAGCUUGAUGCAACUGGGUGUAACACUCCUGUUCCUGUUAUGUUCUUUUCCUGGGAGUGAGUUUGUGUUGCUGUAGGAUAUCCCUUUGUGGGGAGUUUAGGGGAAAGCAAAAUGGUAGACGUAGAUCCUGAAGCCAUAAUCUGCAAUUUGCUUGUCUCUUGACUACACUGAAAUUGUCAUUGCACUGAACCGCGUUUGAUGUAAUAAAUUACCAGUGCUUUCUUUUGUCGCC